GAGCGUGCGGCUGUGUGGCCAGAACGCGGAAAUAUACCUGGACAAACUUGGAAUUAAACGCUAAGGACGAUAAAACAAGAAACAUCCCAUCAUUUGUCUCAGCAGGCCUCAGAAGUAGAGGGACGUUGGACAAGAAUGCCGAGGAAAGGAAGACAUGCCAUUGGUAGAUAUUAGCAAAACAUGUGGAAGGAAUAUGUUCACAGAGCAUGUCAAGCACAGUAACACCAGACUGUGAAUUGACUGCGUUAAGUGUCAUAGUCAUCUGUAGCCAUACUUAACUGAACAAAUAUGUUGAAUCUAUUUCCUUUUUCCAUGUCGCCUUAAACAUUACUGUGUACUCAACCAGACCUUUUUUCCCGAAUCGUAUUCCAAAUGAGAGACUUGUUUUAGACUUAAAAUACGUCAAUGGGGUCUGCACGUGGCUUUCUUCUGGGAUUGACUGUCGUCUGUCAACUAGUGUUUAUAUGUCUGGUAUGGGAUUCUCUCAGAGUUAACUCCAAUGUCGCCCUUUUAAAUAACAACUGUAAUACACGUUGGUUGCUUUCGUCGAAGGAUGACGACGAGGAGUAUUCCCGCGAGUCCUUUACAAUGAGAAGUCUUAGCGAAGAGGAGAAGCUUAUAGAGAUGUGUAAACUUCGUCCGGUAGUACGCGUCAACUGCAGAACACUGUUCACAGGAGAUCCAACAGCAUUGGCAUUAGCGAAAAACACAAGCUACGAAAAAACGACAAACGGCAAUUGUUCUUUAGGAAGUCUGGUUGAUAAAUGUAAGGUGUUAAUAAAAGCCCACAGUUACUUGACAGACAGAACUACUAUCGACAGUGAGGAACUAGACUACCCACUAGCGUUUGCCAUUAAGAUGCAUAAGUCGCCAGAGCAGGCCGAACAGCUCUUACGCCUUAUUUACCGGCCUCACAAUGUCUACUGUCUUUACAUCGACAAGAAAGCAAAUUCAAAAGUAUUCGACGUCAUGAAAAAGCUUGCCGCCUGCUUUCAUAAUAUUUUCAUCAUACACGAACGUAUUGAUAUCAUUUACGCCAGUCUAUCACACGUUUUGGCUGAAUUGCAAUGCAUGCAUGAGCUUUUAGCGAGAACGGUUAUGUGGAAAUACUAUAUAAAUUUAACAGGACAGGAAUUACCGCUUAGAACAAACCUGGAAAUCGUGAAAAUUCUUAAAGCUCUACAUGGAACAAAUGAUAUCGAAAGUUUCUUAUUUCCGAAGCAUUUAAAUUUUCGUGUUCAGAAACAUUACUCGGUUGUGAAAGGAUCAUUGAGGGAAGAUAAAAAUAAAACAAAAGAAUUGUUUUCUUAUAAUGUAACUUUACGUAAAGGCAGCGCAUAUGGCAUUUUUCGAAGGGAGUUCGUAGAAUUUCUCCACGAAGAUAUUGUUGCACAGAAAUUCAUUCACUGGUUGAACGAUUCCUUGUCUCCAGAAGAGACAAUAUGGGCAACAUUAAAUGGUCUACCUUGGGCCCCGGGAGGAUACUCCGUGGAGACGAGUCACUCUUCCAGCACGUUCUUGUCACGUGCAGUAAUAUGGUCAUGGGACAAACCUCAUUGUUUUGGUAAAUUCUCGCGUAGCGUAUGCAUAUAUGGGAUAGGUGACCUCCCAUGGCUCUUGUCAAGACCACAAUUAAUCGCUAAUAAAUUCGACCGUAUGUAUGAUCCUAUUGCACCGGAUUGCAUAGAAGAAUUAAUACGAAAUCGGACAAAUAAUAUGGAUCAGGGUUUUGACCAAAUGAACUGGUAUUACUAUCGAAACCUUCCUCAUGUUAGGUACUACGCCGAUCAAACGAUGAAAGAAAAAUCAAUGGCGUAUUUAGAUAAAAAGCGGGAAAAUUGGAUUAAACAGCAACUGAAGACCAAUAUAACAAAGAUAAAACGAGCUCCAUCAUAGGAGUAAUACGUUUUCUACAACAAAAAACACAAGGUCAAUCCGUUCAUCAUUGUAGGUAAAUCUUAUUAGGCACGUAAUAUCAAAACGUGCACCAGCAUAGGAGUAAUUAAUUCUGAGCCAUAAAGACACAUAAUCAAACCAUGUACGGUCCCGGAUAUAAAGUCUUCUCAUCAAAAAUAAAGAUGUUAAAAUGCAUAUUCUUAAUGUAAAAUAUUAUCUCAAGUACAGGCAUUUUAGAUAGUUUGAUAGUUUGUGGCGAAAAGAUGUAUUUUUGCAAUUUGAAGACAGGCACAUAACAGUUAUUAAUAAAAUUAUAAAAUAUCUAAAAUUUUCCAGUUUGAUUGAAUCACAGGAAAUAAGUAUGAUUCUUUGUUUCUGUUUCGCCUCCUGACAUCCCUGUAUGUAUACGAAAACUGAAAAGCUGUUUGAUGCAGCAUUAUUUAUCAGCCGACGUAUACCUUAAUUCCUACUGAAAUCGAAUGUUCACUUGUGUGGUUACUGUUCUGCCUGAUGAACUAAUCUAAUCCAAUUAAGUUAGAAAAUAUUCCAAAAGCUGUCUUAGUCUUAAUUUUCUUUGUAUUCCUAAUAAUCUUUUAUUGAAUUCAAUCA